ACGAUCGAAAACUAUCGAGUAUAUACUUUUAUUUACUGGAAUCGUUUCACCACUAUUCGUGGAUUUAAUUGAUAAAUUUAACUAAAUAGAUAUGGAUUCACAUGAUAUAUUCCUUCAGUUAACUAGGGGUGCGAGGUUUACGCAUUCCAAGCCAAGAGGCGAAAUAAAAAAAAUAAAGACAGCCACGGAUUUGACAGAGUCGAGGACUAUGCACCCCAUAAAUGAUGGAUCUAUGAAAGUGUCGAAUUUAAAUGAGGAUUCGGAAGACGAAAGCUUUGAUUCUGAAGAGGAAGAGCAUACCUUCAACUACAUUGAUGGAAACGACAUAUUCAAGGAAAAAACCAAAAAACCCAAAAAGGCAAUAACGGCUGAGGAAAAAGAAGCAAACCUCAAAGAAGAGAUGAUUGCACUGCUUCGCAAGGAAAAUUUAAUAAAAGUGCGUGGAAAAAACAUACCCCCACCUAUGACCUCGUUUGAAGAAUUGCUGAAGGAAUAUAAUAUGUCUGAUCGUCUUUUACAAAAUCUUGCUUCUGCUUCAUAUAGGUCUCCAACCCCCAUUCAGAUGCAGGCUAUGCCCCUUCUGUUACAGGGUCGCAAUGUGAUGGCUUCUGCGCCUACUGGUUCCGGCAAAACCAUCGCCUUUUUGGCGCCCUUAAUCAAUGAUUUGCGCAAGCCAAGCAAAGUUGGCUUUCGUGCUGUUGUUUUGGCGCCUACACGUGAAUUGGCGGCACAAAUUUAUAGGGAAUGUGUGCAACUAGCACAACAUACAGCUUUGAAAAUUCACUUUCAGACUAAACAACCAAAUAAUAAUUCUGCUGCGGGUCAUAGCAAUAAGAAGUAUGACAUACUGAUAUCAACACCAAAUCGGGUACGUUUUCUGUUGGAGCAAGAGCCACCAGCGCUACAACUAGCAGGAGUCGAAUGGCUGGUUAUCGACGAAGCCGAUCGCUUAAUGGAGGAGGGUAUGAAUAAUUUUAAAGACCAGGUAGAUGUCAUUUUAGCGGCGUGUACGAAUAAACGUAAAAAGCUGGCAUUAUUCAGUGCAACAUACACUCCCUCCGUGGCCAAAUGGGCUAUAAAGAAUCUUCCUAAUUUAGCACGAAUAAUAAUUGGUCAAGAAAACAGUGCAACGGAUUCGGUGGAACAAGAGUUGCUCUUUGUUGGUUCUGAAAGUGGCAAAUUGUUAGCUAUGCGAGAUAUGGUGCGCAAAGGAUUAAAACCUCCAGUUUUGGUCUUUGUACAAAGCAAAGAGCGAGCAAAAGAGCUAUUUCAAGAGCUACUUUAUGAUGGUAUCAAUGUUGAUCUUAUACAUGCAGACCGUUCACAACAACAGCGUGAUAAUUGUGUACGAGCGUUUCGGGAAGGCCAUAUAUGGGUUCUGAUAUGUACGGAAUUAAUGGGACGUGGUAUUGAUUUUAAAGGGGUUAAUCUUGUAAUAAACUAUGAUUUUCCGCCCUCUGUUAUUUCCUAUAUUCACCGCAUUGGCCGAACAGGUCGUGCAGGAAGGAAUGGCAAAGCUAUAACAUUCUUCACCCAGAGUGAUACUCCGAAUCUAAAAAGCAUUGCGAAACUCAUAAAGGACUCCAAUGGCAAAGUGCCUGAUUUCAUAUUGGAUAUGAAAAAACCUCGGAAGUCAGAAAGGAAAUGGCUAGCGGACCACGCUCCCAAGCGCGAGAGCAUAUCCACACUAAUAUCAAAGAACGCAGAAAAUAACAAAGAUAAAGACGCAAAAAGUGCCAAACCACCAGCAAAGAAACGUAAGGCCAACGCUGGUUCCGAUGAACAUGGGCUGAGAAAAAAGUCUAGAACGCCUUCAGUAGUCAAGCCGCCGCUGCGGAAAAGAAAUUAAAUAAAAAACAGUAAAACAUGUUUGGUUUACAAUAAAGUAUAGAGUUUAAAUUCAUAAUUUCAAUAUAUAUAUUUUUUUAAUACAAAAAUUUGCCAGUAUAUGGACAUAAAUUUGUAUGAAAUAUUUGUCAUUAGUUUUGUCCUUUAUUUUUUUACGAGGACAAUAAUACAAUAUUAAUAGGCACUUUUUAAUUGUUAAUUUUGAAAGUUUACACAGCUAGUAUAGGCACAUUGAUUUCGUAAUGUUUUGUUACAAAACUAACUAGUCUAAAAUAAUAGUGGGUAUAAAUAAAUGGUUGAUGACCGUUUUAAAAAUA